AUGGGUAAUAAGGCUUGUUUACAUUCCAAUGAUGCAAAAAAUCUCCUUGGCAAUGAUAUAAAAAUGACAAGUAUAAGCGAGUUUGAAAUAAGCGAGUUUAAACUAUAUUUAUAUGUAACACAGGUGAUGAUACAGACAAUGAAGGAACUUGAGUGGAAUCGGAUAGCGAUUAUUUUUGAAGAUGAUACAUACGGCAGAGAAGCCAGCACCCGUCUUACUCUAAGAGCCAAACAAGAGAGCAUUUGUAUAUCUAUGGACAGUGGUAUCCCUGUGAACAAUGGUGUCAGCGCAAAUGAUAUUUCAACUCUACUUAACAAUAUUAUCUAUGGUUCCACCAACAGUCCAUCUAUUAAUGGAAUAGUUUACAUUGGAUCUAGUACAUUUGCACGAUCUAUUUUCAUUUCUUUAGACAAUACCGGUUUUUCGGCAGUCCCUAUUGUUAUGCUUUCGGAAGGCAUCAAUAUGCAGACAAGUGUGUUUAAAAGUCACAAUGGUUUUGCCAGACCAGCGGCCAAAGGUUCUCUUGUUCUGGCACCUAGCUACUUGGAAGUCACUGAAUUCGCUGAUCACUGGAAAGCGAUAUUCACAAAUAAAACUUACUUUGAGAAAGAGUCUGUCACUAAUCCAUGGCUAAUAGACCUAUAUCAUGAAAUCACAGAGUGUGAAAAAAGAAACUGUGAGUUUGCUGUAUUGACUGAAAGUGAAUUUGGAGCAGCAUUUGGAGCGCAGCCUCUGUAUGUCCAGUAUUCCAUUCUGGCAGCACAUGCACUUGUAAAAGGAAUAAAAGAACUUCAAGAAAAACACUGUCCUACUCCAGGGUUCUGCGAUACAUUCAAAACAGAAUUUCGUACGGGUGAUCUGCUGGAAAAUAUUAAAGACAUAGACAUAGAUAUGUCAACAGAUUUUCAAUGGAAGCUAGACUCACUUUCGAGUCGGAAGUUACAACUGACAGAGAACAACACUGAUGACGUCAUUAAGCCAAAUGGCCAAUCAAACUACCAAGUGUUCAAUUAUCGAACAGCCCACGAAGUGUCUUCCGAAUUUGUUCUUAAAAGGAUAAGCGACUACGUGGAUAUGGAAUUGGUUAUUAACAAGGAUGAGCUCCGAGAUUACACAAUUCAGGGUGUGGAGCGAAUGUGGCCAGAUGUGAGAAAAGCACAGUGUAAUAUUGAAACCAAAUGUGAAGAAUGCAUUCCCAUUCUAGACAUUCAUGAAAGUUUUAUUUUCGAACCAGGAGAUGUAUAUGUCGUAGGAGUUGUAGCAGUAUUUGAUAGUGGCAGCAAUGGAGUAGAUGGAUGUGGAGGCAUACGUAAAGUCAGUGGAUACCAAACUGCAGAAUCUAUGAGAUUUGCUGUUGACAAAGUUAAUAAGAAAACCGGUGAUUUCUCAAACUUCUUCCCAGGUGUAAAGAUUGGUUUGAUUGUAUUGAAUUCAUGCAAUAACCCAGUGGUGGUACAGAGGAAAAUACACGAACUUUUCAAGAAUGGAGUAAAGACGGCCAAUGGUUCCAUUGUAGACAUUCGUAAUAAAGUCAUCGGUUUCGUUGGUGAUAUUGGUAGCAGCAUAAGUAUUGCUGUGGCAGAAUUGUUGUCAAGGUUAAAGUUUGUGCAGAUAAGCUUCGCUUCUACCAGUCCCCUGCUAAGUGAUAGGUCAAAGUAUCCGUAUUUUACGAGGGUUGUCACACCAGAUGACGCCCAAGCUAAAGCAAUGAUCAGUAUUAUUCAGGAACUUGAUGCAGAUUAUGUACAAAUUGUUUAUAGUACAGGUGCAUAUGGGGAGGCAGGAAAAGAUAAAAUCAAAGAAGCUGCAUAUCAAAACAAAAUUUGUGUAGUUCAGGAAAUUCCUGUUGAGGAAUCUGGUAGUGCCUAUGAAAUAUUUGAAAAGCUUAGACGGGCUGCUCACGCAAGAAUCGUUAUAAUAUUUCUGCGGUCCCAUCGGAUAUACGAUGUUAUGUCCGCUCUGGUAUCUCAAAUAAGCUAUAGAGGAGAGUUCAUGUUUAUUGGGUCAGAGGCAUGGGCUCGCAAAAAGGACCCACUUACGAGUGACAAUAAGCAGAUACUUCUGGGUUCUUUUACUCUUUCACUAGAAAUGUAUCAAGACAAUGAAUUGCGCAGCUACAUACAGAACAUAAAGCCCAAGCCGUUUAGCCAAAAUCCAUGGUCAUUGAUUUAUCUUCAAGCAAAAAGAAAUUGUUUCUUUGAUUUUAGUUUUGACAAAACACAGCCAGAAAAGUGCUCACCGGCUAAUGACUACAGCACCGAUCCAAAUUUCGAUCUGGACUCAUGGGAUACUUCCGCUUUCGUUGCUGUUAAAAGUCUUCUUAUCGCUGCGAAUGCUUUCCUUAAGGAGAAGUGUGGCCUUUCCGCUGACGGACUUUGUGGUGAAUUCACAAAUAAUCCUGAAGGUCUAGUCGAUGCUAUACGUGCGACAAAACUCGAUCUUGAUGGGUCUGGAAACAAGAUAAAAGUGUUUAAUGAAAAUGGAGAUGGUAAUAUCGGCUACAGAAUCUACAACAUUCAAAAGGAUGAUGAUCCCCAAAACCUCAUUUAUGUUGAGGUCGGACGGUAUCCACUAGGAGGCACAUUUACUUUCGAGAAAAGCAUGACGGUACACCCAGCAGGAGCACAGAUUGUGUCCACGUGCCCCAAUGAGAAGGCUUGUUCUGGCUGCUUUGGGGCAGAAAAAAUAGUAGACGAAACAAAAGAUGAAGAAUCUUUUGAUGUUGGAAUGCUGGUACUUGGCGUUCUGCUGGCUGUUGCCGUCAUUAUUGUGAUUAUCCUGGCUUUAGUUAUUUGGCGAUUGCACAAAGUGCGUGCAGCAGCCAAUCAGAUUUAUCUGACUCCAACGAUAUCAAGUGAAGGCGGCCGAGAUUUAACGAGACAGGAAGCGAUUGGAAGUGAGGCAUUCUCGGUUAUUCCCCCUUGCUCAACAAAGGAAAAUGCAUUCCCCGAACACUCGGAAAUACAAACAACCGACACUUGACACUCAAUUUUCCAUUGUUUUCAUUUUGUAAAAUAACUAUCAGAAUGUUUAUUGUAUUGUAAAUUUGACAUUUCUUAUGCAUUCUAACAUGUGUUUAUAAGGUAAUGAGAACGCGGAACAUUCAGAAGUCACAACGCUCGUUUCCAUAAUUAUGUCGUGAUAUGAGAUUGGUGCAUUUUCCUCGUAAAAAAGCUUGCUUUGUAAGGGAGCGAUGCUUUUCUAGUGGCAGACAAAGACUGUAUUAAGCUUGAUUGUUUGUUUUGGGGUUAACACCGUUUUAGCGCAUCCGAGCACAAAGUGCACGGGGUGAGCUCUUGUGAUCGCUCACCGUUCGGCCGUCCGUCCACACUUUCCUUUAAACAGCAUCUCCUCUGAAACCAUUUGGUGGAAGUUGAUGAAACUUGGCCUGGAUGUUUCUUGGGUGAUCUUCUUCCAAAGUUUUAAAAUUGUUCCGCUUGGUUGCACAUAGGGAUCGCCAGGGCUAAAAAUAGAAAAAUCUUUAAACGACAUCUCUUAAACCCCUAGUCCGAUUUUGAAAUUAUUUUAUUCAAAUAAUCCUUGUGUAAUCUUCUACCAAGUUAGUUCAAAUUAUCCCAGUUUGUCAAAAACCGUGGCUGUCGUGGGUCGUGGUCACUUUUCCCUAUAUGUAUGUACUGGAAACUUUAAAAAAUCUUCUUGUAUGAAACUGGUGACCCGAUUUUGAAACAAUUUCACACAAAUGGUCCUUGUGUAACUCUCUGCCAAAAUUUUUCAAAUUAUUGCGAUUUGUCAAAAAACAUGGCCGCCAUGGGACGUGGUCUCUUUUCCAUAUAUAUAUAUAUUGGAAACUUAGUGUAUGAAACUGCUGGCCCGAUUUCAAAAUAAUUUCACAAAAAUGGUCCUCUACUAAGAUUGUUCAAAUUAUUUUGAUUC